UCAGCAGCAGGGAGACCGCUCAGGAAAAAGGACCUGGAAACCCCGCAGGCGAGCAUCACCUCUGCAUCCUCUCCGGCCGUGCCGCGUGUCUCCUGUCUGUUUGCUUGUUGUCGUUGUGGAGUGGAGGUCUGAUGCUCUGACAACAUGCUGCUGCUGCUGAUGUCACUGCUGCUUAUGGGACUCGGCUGCUUGCUGGGAGCCCCAACAGGGCGAGAGGUCUACAGGAUGCCCCAGAGUGCACUGAAAGCUCUGUCUGACCGUGGCACUGUGGUUCUGGAGGCGGCCAUGACUAGUGCCCUGUCCUCUCUCGAGCGUGCAUCCUCUGAGAGGAGUCGGGCUGAAGCAGGCUGUCGGGGCUGUGUUCCCUGUUUGUUUCAGGACUGUGGACAGCUGUCUGGGUCCUGUUCGUCUCCCGCCAACGUCUUAUCAGAGCCCAGCUGUGAUGUCAUCAGUAAGGCCCAGAAACUUCAAGAUGAAGCUGAGCGGAGUUGGGCUCUGAGCCAGGUGUGUGCAUACUAUCAGCAUCGCUGCCCAGCUGGUGAACUGGACAAAGAGAGUUGCAUCAGGAUCAUGGGACAGAGUUGCAGUGCCCGUGUCCUCCAGUGCAGCCUGCUGAACACGAUGCACAAGCUGGAACCUGCUACACAGUCGCGUGCACAGGCAGUGUGCGGGCGGAGGUCGUCCACGGUGCUAAACAUCACACAGCCUCGCUCACGGAUCGUGGGCGGCUCGCCUGCGUCUCGAGGUAGCUGGCCCUGGCUGGUCAACCUCCAGCUAGAUGGUGGCAUGAUGUGUGGAGGGGUCCUGGUGGACAGCUCCUGGGUGGUCACUGCUGCUCAUUGUUUUGCUGGCAGCCGAAGUGAGAGCUACUGGACCGCCGUGGUGGGGGAGUUUGACAUCACGAAGGAUGACCCCGAUGAGCAGGUUAUCAAAGUGAAUCGCAUCAUCCCUCAUCCGAAGUUCAAUGCAAAGACCUUUAACAACGACAUCGCCCUGGUGGAGCUGACAUCCCCCGUGGUCCUGUCCAACCGUGUCACGCCGGUGUGUCUCCCCUCUGGCCUGGAGCUCCCUACUGGCAGUCCAUGUCUGGUUGCAGGCUGGGGCUCCCUCUACGAGGACGGUCCAUCUGCCAACGUGGUGAUGGAGGCCAAGGUGCCCCUGCUGCCUCAGAGCACCUGUAAGAGUACCCUUGGCAAAGAGCUUGUCACCAAUACAAUGCUGUGCGCCGGUUAUCUCUCCGGAGGCAUAGACUCCUGUCAGGGAGAUUCUGGAGGCCCUUUGAUCUACCAGGACCGAAUGUCCGGUCGCUUCCAGCUCUACGGCAUUACCUCCUGGGGAGACGGCUGUGGGGAGAAGGGCAAGCCUGGAGUCUACACGCGAGUGUCUGCUUUCUCUGACUGGAUUGAAACUGAGAUACAGAAGUCGUUUGGAAGCAGGGAGCCGACAUGUUCGGAGCUCCUGAAGACAACAGAAAUGACAGCGGAGGAACAGAGGUCAGAGUUCAGCUCGCUCUGUCGCUUCUACACCCUGAGCUGCCCUCCCGGUCAGUCUGCCAGCGCCUGCAACCGAUUGGCCGAGGACAAGUGCCUCACCCGCUUUAAGAAAUGCCAGCUACGUUCGUUCUUACAAACACUGUUGGACUUGCUCCAGAGGGCCGAGGACUACAGACGUGACAAAGUGGACUUGACCUUCUUUACUCAGACUCUGCCUCAGCUGGUGGAGCACAUCUACAGCACAGCGUUCACACACACCAGAGAGAGGAGGGACCUGGGCCUGAGCCAUGGUCUCACACAGUUUAAAGAACAGCUCGGUGGAGCUGUGAGGCCAACAGAGCAGGGUCCUUCUCCAGUUCCCCCAGCCUUAUUUAGAGAGGUGGGACCCUCAGUGGAGGACUGGGAGAAGUACUUGAGAGACAUGGCUGAGGACCUGGAACAACAACACACUGACAGGUCCACAGACAUCUCCACCACUCCAACAACACAGGAGGACAAGCUUUUCCUUCAGACAGAGGACUCCUCAAUACAUCAGCUGGAGGGUGAAUUUCAAUCUGUUAUCUCAGCUCUUCGCUCCAAAUUGAACUCCAGAUCUGCUCCUCCCGUCCUGCACUUGGACACGGUUUACCUGCAGGAGGAUUCUUCCAACAGUCAGUGCGGUUACAUGAUGGUAUAAUUCGAAUCUUGCUUUAGUCGGACUAUGCUAUCUUUUGGGGGAUCAGCUGUUAUCCCAAUAUACAUGGCAGUGAGUAAUUCGAAUCAUUGGUCGAAAGCAUGUCAUAUCCGAUACGAUAGGUGGCGCUGUUUUCAUUACAACUCGUGGUGAUACAGCCAUUUCCGCUUGACCUCUUCACCACCACCAACAACAACAUCAACAUUUCGAGAAAGAACCAUGAACUUUAGUAUGUUCAACUCCUUCAAUACAUUAAGC